AGUUGACUUCGAGCCGAGCGGACGCGCGUUGUCGUUCAGCGGAUGAAUAAAAAAGAAGAAAUAUCGCCUCGAAAUAAUUUAGAACAAGCAGUGUGGCACAAUUUAUCAAACGCGCUAUCGCACCCCCCACUUGGAUUACGGUCAACGCGAAACUACAACGGAGAAACACAAAGAUAUAGAAAAAUCGAAAUCGAAAGCAACCAAAUCAAAGUAUAAAAGAAAAUAAUAGCCAGCGGGAAAGAAAAAACAAGAAAAUCGUUUUAGAUAAAGCAUUAAAUCGUUGAUGUGGUGUUGUGAAAAGUGGCGAUUGUGCAAAGCUGCGCUAUAAAACCAAACAAAAAAAUCCAAAAUAAACACAAAACACACAAAAUGGGCGAGAAAUAGAACGAGCAGUGAAAGACCAAAAGAAGCCCCCCAUUAGCCCCCGAAACCACAAAACCGAAUUCCCAUUCGCAGUUUAGGAUCGAUCCAAAAUGCUGGCCACCACCCACAUGCUGUACGUGCUGAUCGCCACCUGGGUGAUCCCCAUUUUCGGGGCGGCCCUCAGCAAGACGGUGUUGUACCAGGCCCCCGACGAGUGCCGCUGGUCCGGCGGCGGGGAGCAUGACAUCACCUUGGUCUGCCACCUGAGGACCAUCAACUCGGAGCUGGAGAACACCAACUUCAGCGUGAUCCAGCCGCAGAACACGGUUCGCCUGCGGCUGGAGUGCAACGAUGCCCUCUUCUUCCAGAGCAGCCUGAGUCCGGACAGCUUCCGGUCCUUGGUGGAGCUCAGAGACCUCACCAUCGAGUACUGCAAGCUGGGCAACAUCACGGACGGAUCUUUCCGUGGCCUCCAGGAACUGCGGAACCUCACCAUUCGCACGCACAACGGCGACUGGUCCACCAUGUCGCUGGAGAUGGCCUCCAACAGUUUCGUGGAGUUCCGCCAGUUGGAGCGGCUGGACCUCAGUCUAAACAACAUCUGGCUUAUCCCCGAUGGGAUGGUGUGCCCCCUGAAGUCGCUGCAGCACCUGAAUGCCUCCUACAACAAGAUCCAGGACAUCAGCAACUUCUACUUCAGUUCCUCGCUCAGCUCGAGGAAGGCCCGAGUGUGCGGCUCCACGCUGCAGAGUCUGGACCUGAGUGCCAACAAGAUGGUAAGCCUACCCACGGCCAUGUUAUCGGCUCUGGGCCGACUGACCCAUCUGAACAUGGCCAGGAACAGCAUGAGUUUCCUGGCCGAUCGCGCCUUCGAGGGCCUCCUCUCGCUGAGGGUUGUGGACCUCUCGGCCAAUCGGUUGACCUCCCUGCCGCCAGAACUCUUCGCGGAGACCAAGCAACUGCAGGAGAUCUACCUGAGGAACAACUCCAUCAACGUCUUGGCCCCCGGAAUCUUCGGGGAACUGGCUGAGCUCUUGGUCCUCGACUUGGCCAGCAACGAACUCAAUUCCCAGUGGAUCAAUGCCGCCACUUUUGUGGGUCUCAAGCGCCUAAUGAUGCUUGAUUUGUCGGCCAACAAGAUCAGUCGCCUGGAGGCGCACAUCUUCAGGCCUCUGGCCAGUUUGCAGAUCUUGAAACUGGAGGAGAACUACAUCGAUCAGCUGCCAGGAGGUAUCUUUUCGGAUCUCACCAAUCUGCACACCCUGAUCCUCUCGCGCAAUCGCAUCUCAGUCAUCGAACAGCGAACUCUGCAGGGCCUGAACAAUCUACUGGUAUUGUCGCUGGACUUCAACAGGAUUUCCCGGCUGGAUCAGAGAUCCCUGAUCAACUGCACCCAGCUGCAGGAUCUGCACUUGAACGACAAUAAGCUGCAGGCUGUGCCCGAAGCUCUGGCCCAUGUUCCGCUGCUCAAGACCCUCGAUGUGGGCGAGAAUUUGAUCAGUCAGAUUGAGAACACUAGCAUCACCCAGCUGGAGAAUCUGUAUGGCCUCCGGAUGACGGAGAACUCCCUUACCCACAUCCGCCGUGGGGUUUUCGACCGGAUGAGCUCCCUGCAGAUCCUCAACCUGUCCCAAAACAAACUCAAGUCCAUCGAGGCGGGUUCCCUGCAGAGGAACAGCCAGCUGCAGGCCAUCCGACUGGAUGGAAAUCAGCUCAAGUCCAUUGCUGGCCUGUUCACCGAGCUGCCCAACUUGGUGUGGCUGAAUAUCUCGGGCAAUCGUCUGGAGAAAUUCGACUACUCCCACAUUCCCAUCGGUCUGCAGUGGCUGGAUGUGCGUGCCAAUAGAAUCACCCAGCUGGGCAACUACUUCGAGAUCGAAAGCGAACUCAGCCUGAGUACCUUCGAUGCCAGCUACAACAUGCUGACCGAGAUAACGGCCAGUUCGAUUCCCAAUAGUGUGGAGGUGCUCUACCUGAACGACAACCAGAUUUCCAAGAUCCAGCCGUAUACGUUCUUCAAGAAGCCCAACUUGACGAGGGUGGAUUUGGUGAGGAAUCGGCUGACCACCUUGGAACCCAAUGCUCUGCGCUUGUCGCCCAUUGCCGAGGAUCGGGAGAUCCCUGAGUUCUACAUCGGCCACAAUGCCUACGAAUGCGACUGCAAUUUGGACUGGCUGCAGAAGGUGAACCGCGAGUCGCGCACUCAGCCGCAGUUGAUGGACUUGGACCAGAUCCACUGCCGACUGGCCUACGCCCGCGGAUCCUCUCAUGUCUCCCUGAUCGAGGCCAAGUCGGAUGACUUCCUCUGCAAAUACGCCUCGCACUGCUUCGCCCUGUGUCACUGCUGCGAUUUCCAGGCCUGCGACUGCAAAAUGGAGUGUCCGGAUAGGUGCUCCUGCUACCACGAUCAGUCCUGGACCUCGAACGUGGUUGAUUGCAGCCGGGCCUCCUACGAGCAGGCCCUGCCAUCCCACAUUCCCAUGGAUGCCACACAGCUGUAUCUGGAUGGCAAUAAUUUCCGGGAGCUGCAGAGCCACGCCUUCAUUGGUCGCAAGAGGCUAAAGGUUCUGCAUUUGAACCACUCCAGGAUCGAGGUGCUGCACAACCGCACUUUCUACGGACUUUUGGAACUGGAGGUUCUUCAAUUGCAGAGUAAUCAGCUGAAAGUGCUCAAUGGUAAUGAGUUCCAGGGCUUGGAUAACCUUCAGGAGCUGUACCUCCAGCACAAUGCGAUAGCAACCAUCGAUACACUCACCUUCACACACCUGUAUCACCUGAAAAUCCUGCGAUUGGAUCACAAUGUCAUCACCUCGUUUCCCGUCUGGAACUUCCUGCCCAGCUACCUAAACGAACUUCGACUGGCGGGAAAUCCGUGGAGCUGCAACUGCGAGUUCAUCGACAAACUGCGGGACUACAUGAACCGCCACGAGUAUGUGGUCGAUAAGCUGAAGAUGAAGUGCGAUAUGAUCAGUGGAAACAGCACCCAGCAGAUGGUCAUAUACCCGGGAUCCGGAGAGGCUAGUUCCCUGCCCGUGGUGCAGUGCAGCCAGACUCUGCCGCUGGGCCUGGACAACAGCUUCAAUUAUGCCGAGCAGGCGGGUGGCGAGAAUGCCUCGAAUGCCACGUCCACUAAAAUGAUCCUGAACCAGCCGCCGAAGCAGGACUACAUACCCAUCCUGGUGGCCAUUCUCACGGCCUUCAUUUUCGUGAUGAUCUGCACCCUGCUGGUCUUCAUUUUUCGCCAGGAGAUGCGUGUGUGGUGCCACUCGAGGUUCGGAGUGCGCCUCUUUUACAAUGCCCAAAAAGAUGUGGAUAAGAACGAGCGGGAGAAGCUGUUCGACGCCUUUGUUUCGUACUCCUCCAAGGAUGAGUUGUUCGUCAACGAGGAACUGGCUCCCAUGCUGGAGCUGGGUGAACAUCGCUACAAGCUGUGCCUGCAUCAGAGGGACUUUCCCGUGGGCGGAUAUCUGCCGGAAACCAUAGUCCAGGCCAUCGACAGCAGCAGGCGAACCAUAAUGGUGGUCAGCGAGAACUUCAUCAAGUCGGAGUGGUGCAGAUUCGAGUUCAAGUCGGCCCAUCAAUCGGUGCUGCGAGAUCGUCGCCGUCGGUUGAUAGUGAUUGUGCUGGGCGAGGUGCCCCAGAAGGAACUCGACCCCGAUCUGCGCUUGUAUCUGAAGACCAACACGUAUCUCCAGUGGGGCGACAAGUUGUUCUGGCAGAAGCUGCGAUUCGCCCUACCGGAUGUGUCCUCCUCGCAGCGAUCCAACGUUGCCGGCCAGGGUUGCCAUGUGCCGAUCAACCAUGCCGCUUACCACCUCCACCACCACGUCCACCAGCAGGCGAUGCCCUUGCCCCACCCGGUGCACCACCACCAGCAGCAGUUCAUGUUGCCGCCGCCACCGCAGCAGCCGGGCAGCUUCCGUCGGCAACCAUCGUUGCACCAACAGCAGCAGCAGCAGCAACUGCAACAGCAGCAACUUCGCGGCAGCAACAGCGCCACGCAGCAGCAGCAGCAACAGCAGGCGGCCUUGCUGAUGGGCGGUGGGUCGGUGGGUGGGCCUGCUCCGCAGAUGAUUCCCCUGGCGGGUGGCAUCCAGCAGCAGAGCCUCCCAUUGCCGCCGACUCAACCGACGCCGGCGUCUAGAAAUCUGCACAUGUGAGUGGGGUCACCAUUGAGUAGCGGGGUCAAGGCAAGGUCAGGGGAGAUGGAGUGUGGAGAUGGCUAUGUUCUCUGAGAUAUACAGGUUUUCAAUACUUAUUUCCCAUGCACUUUCCAUCUUACACUAUUUUAACAUAAAUUAAAAGAUUUAAUUCGAUUUCAAAUCAUUCUAAGCAAAAAAGAAGCUUAAAGCAUUAAAGUGGUAUUAUUUUUUUUUCACUUGUUUUCUUAAAGUAGUUAUUCCAAUUUUAAUAUUUGCCAUAUCUCUCAAAAAUUGUAAUGUCAGUUAAAAAUAUUAGUAAUUUAACUUCAAAAAUUUUUCAAUUUUUCAAUUUUUCGGCAAGAAUAUUUAUUUUAUGGUAACCUCAAAGUUUUCUGCCCAUUAUAAAUACCUAUAAAAAAGAAAAUAUCACUGUCCCGACAUUUGUACGAUCUUGUUCAGUUAUGAAAGGUGAUCUAGAAUAUUUGCAGUCCGAAAAUACUUACCCUCGCUGAAAACAAGUUUAACUUCCUCGGUUUUCAAACAAAAAGGGGGAAUUGCAUUCAAUAUGCAAAUGCAAGCGUUUAGCGAUAAAAGCCUAGUUACAUGUUAAAAUAGCAAAAGUAAAAGAAAAAUCGAGUGGGGAAAGAACAGGCAACACCAGGAACAAUAACAACAAGAAAAGACAACAGUAAAAUAGCUGGCGAGCCAGGCAAUUGUUGUUUGUUGGCCCUGUUCUGUUUUCUUACGGCCAGCUAUUUUCAGUUUCCUGGCUCGCAGCUAGAUUCUGAAAAUUGAUGUUGCAUGCAACACACCAACAGCAACUAGCAAGCAGCAACUACACAGGGAAAAUUUAUAUAAUUUCUUCGAGAUCUAUUUAAUUGUUUUUUUAAUUUAAAAUUAACUUAAUUAAAAGAAGGUUAAAGAAAAAAAAUCAGAUUUGCAGAUGAGCAAUUUAAAAUUACCUAUGAGCUAUAUGUCUUGAUAUGAUUUUAACAGAUUCCAAUCAAAGUAUAUCUUUUUUAUAGAAAUCUUAUAUCAGUGCUUAAAUUAUCGUAUUUAUUUCCCGUGUAGAUCCAACACCAACCACUCAGUCAGGCAACAAAAGGCAGCAGGCCCAAAAGUAUUUCUCUUGGCUUUAUUUUUUUCUCCUUCUUCUCCUUUAUUUUGUCGUUUUUCCAGCAUUUUUUUUGUUAUUUUGUUUUUCUGUUUUCCUUCGUUUUCUCCGUUUGCAACGUUCAGUCGUUAGUUCAUCUUAACUGCUGCAUUUUGCUAUAACAAGCUCGACGUGUGUAGAAGAUACACCCGUGUAUCUGUAUCUGCAGCAGCUGUAGUUCCAUUCGCAUUCGUAUCUGUAUCUGUGACUGCUCGGGUUGGGAAAAAUAGGCAACGCAAAACAUCACAGAGCUCAUGUCUGGCCAAAAGGAAAAAGGUAACAAAAAGCAGACCUUAGACGUUAGAAAACCAAAAACCCAGACCCAGACCGUCUGCAGACAGUUGUUGUACGGGUUAAAAUUGGUUUUGCUUUUUGUUACUUCUCUCUCCUUUUGAGCCACAAUUACAUGUGCUAAUCAAUGGCAGCAAAACAGAUAGCUGGAGCAAGAUGUUGUUGCCGAGCAACAAUCGUGUGAGAAGGGAAACAAUUGUAGGGGACUUAGCUCUGAUAAAUCGGACUUACAUCCAACAAUUAAUGCCAGUUAAUUGUAUCCCGGCAUAAGCAGAUAGAGUGGUGGCCACAGAAUUCCCCUAUAAUAGAGUCACUUCGGCAGAUCACGCUAUGCCUAGAUUUGAUUAGAAAACAAAGCUUUCUUUUUCCCUAGCUAGUCAGAGAUUAUGAAGAAGUAGUCAGAAUUUCCCAGAGUGAAACUUCCCACUGUGACCUUGCUGCAGAAGAAAAGAUACAAGUUUCCCCGGCAGCCAUUGAAAAACCAAGGAAAAAUAGUAGGAGAGAGAUCAGCACGUGUGUGCCGAGUUUUUGGCCCCAAAGUUGUGUUUUAGCCGAAAAUCGACAAGGCCAGAAAAGGAGGAACAUGAGAACAGAGCCGUACAGAUUAGUUUGGUCUUGGCGAUUAAAAUCUACCUGGUUGUGUGCAACGCCCUCUCCCUCUGUCCACCUAUUUCUAUUUCCGACUCUAUCGCAGACAAUCUCCAGCUCCACUGCCUUGUCAAUUUAAAAAUGCAUUCCAAAAGCAAGAAACCAGAAAACUAGUUAACAAAGCAAACACACACUCUAGAAGGAUUCGCAUGGCUUAGACUGUAAAGCGUUAAAUGUAAAUAAGUUAAAUGUUAAUCGUACGUUUAUUUGUUUAAUCAUUGUGAUAUUUUGUUUUAGCACUAAGCCCUAAUUUAUUAAGAUGCGUACCAUUUUCCUACCAACCUAUGUUUAGACGUAAACUUAUCCUCAUUAGUUAGGCUAGUUUGUAAGCUAAAAAAUCGAAUCCGAAUCCACAACCCCGCCUACGAGAUACAGCCAUAUUAAUUCUAUGAAAAUGAUAAAAUUAUUGUACAUAAAACAAUUGAAAAAGGACUGUAUGCACUAAAAUGAAAAGAAAAACGAAUUAUGCAACACGAAUCAAACAAAUUGAAAACAUAAAUCGACUGAUUACAUGUGUACUAUAUAUAAAUAUGCAUAACAUUUAAUUAUGAUUUACUCGCCGCUUGUUGUAAAUAUUGUAACUACCCGCACACCUAUGGAUAUGUAUUUUAUUUUGUAAUUUUAUGUUUUCUAGUUUAUAGCGAAAAAAACGAAAAGAAAAAGCGAAACACAAAAAUAUA